AUAUAGAUAGAGGGAGGAGGCACUGAGAGAGAUGGUGUUGAAUGGGUGGAAUUGGAAAUCGAAGUGAAAAGAACGGUUGAAAGUGAAAGAGUAAGAUGCUAUUGCAAUUGCGCUGCUCUCAUUCUCACCACAAACUGACACUUGCCUGCAGUUGAAGAUCUGAUGAAUUAAUUGAGCAUCUGAGUGCAGAAAGAAUAGAGGAUCGUGGUCGAUGGCGUCUGCUAGCCUUGGAAGUGGUGGGGUCGGCAGUUCGAGGUCUGUUAAUGGUGGCUUCAGGGGUUCUUCCAGUUCCGUCGAUUGGCUUGGCAGAGAGAUGCUUGAGAUGAGGUUGAGAGACCACGAAGACGAUAGAGAUAGUGAGCCUGACAUCAUUGAUGGUGUGGGUGCUGAGACAGGUCACGUCAUAAGAACCAGCAUUGGUGGCCGAAAUGGUCAGUCUAAGCAGAAUGUUAGUUAUAUUGCAGAGCAUGUAGUGGGGACAGGCUCUUUUGGUGUUGUUUUUCAAGCAAAAUGUAGAGAAACAGGAGAAAUUGUGGCCAUCAAGAAAGUUCUCCAGGACAAACGAUACAAGAAUAGAGAGUUACAAAUUAUGCAAAUGCUGGAUCAUCCAAAUAUUGUUGCCCUAAGGCAUUGUUUCUUUUCAACGACUGACAAAGAAGAAGUUUACUUGAAUCUUGUACUUGAAUAUGUUCCUGAAACUGUGAAUCGCAUUGCGAGGAGCUAUAGCAGGAUUAACCAGCGAAUGCCUUUAAUAUAUGUAAAGCUUUAUACCUACCAGAUUUGCAGGGCCCUUGCUUAUAUACAUAACUGCAUUGGUAUAUGUCAUCGUGACAUCAAACCUCAGAACCUACUUGUGAACCCGCACACUCAUCAGCUGAAACUAUGUGAUUUUGGGAGUGCAAAAGUGUUGGUGAAAGGAGAACCUAAUGUUUCUUACAUCUGUUCAAGAUACUACCGUGCUCCGGAACUUAUAUUUGGGGCCACCGAAUAUACAACUGCCAUAGAUAUAUGGUCAACUGGUUGUGUAAUGGCUGAAUUACUUCUUGGACAGCCCUUGUUUCCUGGAGAGAGUGGAGUUGAUCAGCUAGUUGAAAUCAUCAAGGUUUUGGGAACUCCAACCAGGGAGGAGAUAAAGUGCAUGAACCCAAAUUAUACUGAAUUUAAGUUUCCACAGAUAAAACCUCAUCCGUGGCACAAGGUCUUUCAGAAACGUUUACCCCCAGAAGCAGUGGACCUUGUCUGUAGGUUCUUUCAGUACUCCCCCAAUUUGAGAUGCACUGCAUUGGAAGCUUGCAUUCAUCCAUUUUUUGAUGAAUUGAGGGACCCAAACACCCGCCUUCCUAAUGGUCGACCACUUCCUCCACUGUUUAAUUUUAAACCUCAGGAACUUUCUGGUGUACCCCCUGAUGUCAUCAAUCGGCUUAUACCAGAGCAUGCGCGUAAACAGAACUUAUUUAUGGCUUUGCACACCUAGCAAUGCCCCCCAUCCCCACCCCCCCAAGUUGUCGUCACUUACUAGCAGGUUGUAAAUUAUCCGGUUUAUCCGAGAAAAACUCCACAGAAAGAGUUCCUAGGAUUAUAUUAUUAUAUAAUAUGAAAAGUUUCUUUUUCCUUUCUUUAUUGUCAAAGGAGUUGUUUUCUAUUUUUGUUCAGGAGACAACGUUUUCAUGUAUAUUUAUGUCAGACAUGUGCCUCUGGUUAUUCUAGGGCCUCUCUGUUAUAACUUAUAAGACAUGAUAGUGUUAGGUUAUAGUAUAGUAUAGUAUAGUUUAUACGCUGUAUUGUUUGGUUUGGUGUGUCAUGUAUGUUGGAAUAAUUUUAUCCAUUAUAGUAUUUUGUUGUCCGAUCA